AUGGCGUCCUCGGCGACGGCGCUCGCGGCGACGACGGCCGCGCCGCGACGCGCUCCGUCGCGCUCCAUCGCCGCGCGCGCGUCCGCGCGUCGCGCCUCGUCCGCGCGCGCGUCGUCGUCGUCGUCGUCGUCGUCGUCGUCGAUCGACGACGCCGCCGUCGCCGCGGCGUACGACGCGUGCGCGGCGGCGACGCGCGCCUCCUCCGCGACGUUCUACUUCGCGACGGCGCUGAUGCGCCCGACGCAGCGCGAGCGCGUGCGGGCGAUAUACGCGUGGUGCCGCGCCCUGGACGAGGUCGUCGACGGCGCGGAGACGCGAUCGCCGGCCGACGCGAGGCGCGAGCUCGACGCCAUCGAGCGCCGCCUCCGCGCGCUCUUCGACGACGACGACGGCGGCGACGGCGCGUCAUCGCCUCCGUCGUCUUCAGGUUCGUCGUCAUCCUCCCCGGAGACGAUCGCGCUCGCGGACACGAUACGCGCGACCGACGGGAUGUCCCCCGAGCCGUUCCUGGACAUGAUCGCCGGCAUGCGCUCCGACCUCCCCGCGGCGGUCCCGUCAUCAGGUGCGUUCUAUACACUGUACUGCUACGACGUCGCCGGCACCGUGGGCCUGAUGACGCUCCCGGUCAUGGGCGUCGCGGAGGGGUACGGCUUGGACGACGCGAUUCCCCCCGGCGUCGAGCUCGGGAUCGCGUUGCAGCUCGUCAACGUGCUGCGAGACGUCGGCGAGGACGCGAAGCGGGGAAGGCUCUACCUGCCCCUGGACGCGGUGCACGCCGCGGGGUUAACCGCGGAGGAGAUCCUCUCCGGCGCGGUGGUGAACGCGGUGGACGGGUCGGUGGACGCGCGGGCGGAGGCGCACUUCGCGCGCGCGAGGGUGGGGAUCAAGAUGCUCCCCCCGGCGGCGCGGCUGCCGGUGACCGCGGCGGGGGAGAUAUACGGCGCGCUGCUGAAUAAGGUCCGCGCGAACGGGUACGAUAACAUCACGCGGCGCGCGUACACGACGACGGGGGAGAAGCUGCGAGCGCUCCCGGGGCUCGCCGCGCGCGCGUGGUUCGGUUCGCGGGCUUGA